UAUUUUUAGUUUACUUACAAAAAUUUGCACUGAUUUUUUCCCAAAUUUCCCCCCUAAAACCCAAAAACGAAAAAACCCCAAAUUUCCCCCUAAAAUGGAGGCACCAAAGACGAUUCAUCUUCUUUGAUGAGAGUAGCAGUGUGAGGAAUGGGAAUUCAUCUUCUCAUUUGUUGAAACCUGAAUCUGGAGAGAUAUUGAAUUUUGGUGAGAGUAAGAGAAGUGGGAAUGGGAAUUUAUUCACAGGAAACUCUCCGUUCGCCGUGGAGAACAAGAAGAGGUCGCCUAAUUCAAGAGGGAGCAACAAAGAAGCUAUGCUUUUGUUUACUUCAGGUGUAAUUUUACCUUCAUCUGGUGUGGUGAAGAGCCUGAAAAGAGGCCUCGAAAAUGGGGGAGAAAAUCGACUAACGGAAGAGAAGAGCCUCUAAAUCAUGUUGAAGCGAAGCGUCAAAGAAGGGAGAAGCUUAACCAGAAGCUUUUUGGUGUCUGUGACCCAGUAUUUAUUUUCUUGGAUGAUUGAUUUUUAUUUUGUAGGUGUGAUUGUGUUCUAUAAAUUAGUCGUGGUUGAGGGAAUGAGCAUGAGAGCACUCAUUGCUUACAGAUUCAUCUUUGCCACUGCUUGUUUUGAUACCAGAAUAAUUCAAGAACUUAAUCUUUGGUCAACCAACAUAAACAUAGUCAAACAUGGUGGACACCAUCAUACUAGCACCAAAUAUGCUGCUGUUGGCGAUCAAGUCUUAGGCUCCUUGUUGGCUUUAGCUUCUUGCCUAGCUAUACGUGAGAGAAGGGUUUGAAAUUAUUGGAACUCUUCCUUUGUACCAAAAGGGUGUGUAUAUAUAUAUAUGUUGUGUGUAUGUGUGCAUUAUUAUAUAUAUUGGGUUUUUGUUUCUUUCAUAGUUGAUAUAUAUCUAUUUUUUUUCUUUUUGCUAAUUUUAACUCCAUUUCAGCCUCCACUGAAAAGACUCCUGACAAUGUUUUUGGGGUACCAUGUCAUCAAAACUCGAACAGACACACACAAGAAAAAGGUAAGGAAUUUGGAGGAAAGACAUGCAAAUCUUGUCAUGGACUUGGAUCAGAUGCAAUGGGUUGCAUGGAAGAGGCUUUUAGCUUUUGAGAACAUGGGAGCUUUUCUUCUUAGUGCGGGAACUAAAGGAAAACAGUAUAGUUUACCUAAUUCACGGGUAAUGAUACACCAGCCUCUUGGUGGAGCUGAAGGAGGUCAAAUUGAUAUUGAUAUUCAGCUGCUGUAGUUAUGCAAAGAGAAUGGGGCCUGCCAAUAAUAAUGAGCAUGUAGGCACUAAAUCUGCAGUUCAAAUUCGAAGCCAUGCUCAAAAGUUUUUCUCUAAGUCUCAUUGCUUUGAGUUCAUUACAAGAUUUCCUUGAUUAAGUAGAUGUAUUAUAUCUUUUAUUACCAAGGUUUACUUGAUUAAGAAAAUAAAUUGUAUUUUUUAUUACCUUGCAAUGUGUAUAGUCAUAGGCAGGUUCAACUAGUUAGUCUAUUUCUCAUAUGUAUUAUUUAUUUUAGUUUUGAUUCUAAAUUUUUAUUUUUACUUUAAUAUUUACAACAACUUGAGUUCUAACUUUUGGAUUUUAAUUGUGUUAUUAAUUUAUUA